GCACGUUUUGCGUAUUUGACUUGUGGCGAGAACAAUGGCUCCAUUUUAAGAGACUCGAUCGGAUUCUGAGCUACACACACCGCGGACAGUAAUCCCAUUCCCAUCGAAUUCCUGUCCUUUCACGAACCCUACCUUUGCUUCUUUCCACCAUCUUUCUUUUCAGAUUCUUCCAUCGUCAUCACAAUUCCGCGGAUCUUUGAAAAGAGAACCCCCCCCCCCCCCCCCCCUCCCCCAAAUGAUACUAGCAUGGUAAUAUCGCUAUAAUUUUUGUGUUCUUUCUGAUUAUUUGAUCUUUUUUGGUUUUUUUUAGGGAAUUGGAUGAUUGUGGGUUUUCAAUUCCCGACGAUCUAUCGAAGAUCGAUUAAUCAGUUUACCGUUGGGGGACAUAUCAAACUAAAGAUGGUGAAGCUUACAAUGAUUGCCCGUGUUACUGAUGGUCUUCCUCUAGCAGAGGGACUGGAUGAUGGUCGUGAUAUGCAAGAUGCAGAAUUCUACAAGCAGCAAGUGAAGGCUCUGUUUAAGAACUUAUCAAGAGGUCAAAAUGAGGCUUCAAGAAUGUCUAUCGAGACAGGCCCAUAUGUUUUCCACUAUAUAAUUGAAGGAAGGGUCUGUUAUUUGACUAUGUGUGAUCGUGCUUAUCCAAAGAAACUUGCCUUUCAAUACCUUGAAGACCUGAAGAAUGAAUUUGAACGUGUCAAUGGGGCUCAAAUCGAAACUGCUGCCCGGCCUUAUGCAUUCAUUAAAUUUGAUACAUACAUACAGAAGACCAAGAAAUUGUACCAGGAUACACGCACUCAACGUAAUAUUGCAAAGUUGAAUGAUGAACUUUACGAAGUCCACCAGAUAAUGACUCGCAAUGUUCAGGAAGUUCUUGGUGUUGGCGAAAAGUUAGACCAGGUCAGUCAAAUGUCAAGUAGGUUGACAUCAGAAUCCCGCAUAUAUGCCGACAAGGCGAGAGAUUUGAACCGGCAGGCUUUAAUUCGGAAGUGGGCCCCUGUUGCUAUCGUGUUUGGAGUUGUAUUCCUUCUAUUCUGGUUCAAAUCAAAGAUCUGGUGAUUUCAGUUGCUGUUCCAGUUAAUCUUUUUAACUCAUUUUCAGGCUUCUCUUUGCUUUUAGCUUUUUGGCUUAAUGGGUUCAGAUAUCAGAGACUUGAAACUGGGGUUAGAGGUGACUUCUAGAUUUUACUUAAUGGCUAAGAUUUCAGAAAAAUAGUGUUUUUGGUGGUUACCUUCAAGUGGGGGCGGUGCUGCUUGUACAAGUGUAAGAGCGAUAUUAAACCUAGUAUUCCAGAUUUAGACAAAACAUGUUUAUUCACAUUUUGGUUACCUUUUUCCUCCCAAUAUACAUUUUUUGUUCGUUACACAUUAAAAAAAUACAAUUAUAUUUAUUGUAUUAGUCUA